CUGGACGAGAGCAUACUCACAUAUCGCGAGCACGUGUGCCGUUGAUAUGUUUUGAUAUUGUUGAGCUUCAUUUGCACGAUAGAGUCUUGCGACAGUUUGGGUUUGAGCAGGUCGCUCCACGGCCUAUCGACACUUAUGUUGAGCUGCAUAGGCUGGAUAGGCGUGGGAAGCAUACAGAGGAUUGGGCACUCAGACAUGUCAGAUAUGUGACUAUGUGGGAAAGGAGAGCUGAGCUAGUUGUUGCUGGGACACCGACAUAUGUGCCAUCUGUUUCAGGAGACUACAUGGGAUGGUAUUAUAGCAUCACUCGUUUGUUUGUGUCUUCUUCGUUUAGACUCCCUACUCAUCAUUAUCAACCUAGCUCCUUGGCUUUGCAUCUUACGGUGAGUAUAUUAGUAAUUAGUAAAGUAAGUCAUUUUAUUUAUGUAAUAUUUGUAUGCAUUUCAGUGUAAAUGUAAUUGUGUUUCAUAUUUCAGACACGAGCUUUGCAGCGCAUAAUUCAGCGGGCUACUGCCACAGUGACUGAUAGUCAUGAUGUGGACAUGUAUGGACAGGCUCUGACAGGCAUUGCGUCCUUGUGUUCAGAUGUGUUGGGGCGAGUCGACUACGGCCAUCUUAUACACAUGCCCCCAUCUCAGGAGAUGCCAUUCACGUCUAGUGCAGCGGCGGCUUCAUCAUCCCAGACGCAGCAUGAGAGAGGCGUAGGCGUAGACAUGAGCAGCAACAUCUCCAGGACGAAGCUGACGAUGGGAACUUGUAGUUUGUGUUUUGUAUUGUAGAUGUUGUAGGAACAAUUUACAACAUUUGACGUAUUUUCUCUUGUAAAGUCUUGUAUGUUGUCUUGAUGUGUUCGAGUAUGAAUAUUAGAUGAUUACUUGUUAUGAAUAUUGGAUGAUUGUACUGUGUUAUACCGGUUUUGUAUUUGAUUUGUAAAGGGUAUUUUCAAGGUGUUUUUUAUGUUGAUGAGAGUAGGUGUUAUGUAUGUGAUUGUGAAGACGUGUGUUGUAUGUUUUAUAAUGUGUUGUAUCUGGCUCGCAACAAUUAAACAGGAGAAGAGAGACCUUAUUUAUAGCAAACAGAUGAGUCCGGGUUAAACUGGGGCGAAAAACGUGCUGAAAUGCUGUUUUCGGACCUAUGCACGAUCGUCUUGAAGAUGAUUAGAUAAUGUGGAUGGAAUAUGGCCUGAGGCAUGCAAUUUGACAACUCAUUUAUCUGGUCAAAAGUGAGAGACAAGAGAAAUAUCCAUGACAUUUGCAAGACCAGACCGGAUCAAAACCGGUUUGGACAGGAGCCGGAAUCGCUAAACGAAUAAGACCGAAGACAGGGCUGCACUAUUCCAAUUUUUACGAGACCAAACUGCACAAAUAAUUACGUCUGAUUCAUAAGCACGCACGAGAAAGUUGCGGCUCUUUCAAUUGGAAAUGAACAAGGAGCUUUCAGUUUUCAAUAGGUAUCCAGUAUCCUACUCCUGGGAGAAGCAGAAUCAUUGCCACUGAUUGCCAUGCGAAAAGUGAAAAGCCAAAUUCAAACAAGAACUAAAAAUCAUUCAUUCGGAUUUUGGAAGAAGCAGUAGAAAUUCCAAAAAAAAUGAACAGAGAAAAAUCAUGAACGAAGGAAGGAGCCGAGGAGGAGAUGAGAGAUUAAGGGGAGAAGGCGACUGACCGCUUAGGAACUCGCUGCUCUGCUUAUAAACUAAAAUUCCGGUUAGAUUUUGCUGAGCAGGCUUGAACCAGCAGGAUGCCCAUUUUCUCCUGCUCCUCGAUCAUCAAUGCUUUUCCAUUGCUGCCAACGUGAAAUUGCGAGAUAGAUCAUAGAUUCCUGUAAUAACAGCCCUAUUUUAGGGUUAUUUUUAAUUGCCAUUGCUAUGUAAUUAUUCACCUGGAAUUAGUUAUUACUCUGUAAUAAUUGUCAUACCUUAAAUAAAUCUUGACUUCUAGUGUGUUUAUUUUGGUUUAUGUAAUCCGUCUCAUUUGACUAAACUACGUUGUAUGGAACUAUGGACUAUAGACUUAUGGAGAGUAAUAUUAACACGUGCCUAAAACAGUA